UUCCCUUUUUACUUACAGCACAACAACAGGUUCAGAUGGAAGUGCUGCUGCUGCUGCUGUUGUAUGUGAUGAAGUAGAUUUCAGCAAAUCAGAUGAGCUGCGACUACGAGAAUAUAUCCAGCAAUUGAAGAAUGACCGUGCUGCAGUGAAGAUGACCGUCAUGGAACUUGAGAGUGUCCAUGUGGACCGGGCUUCAGACUCCGGUCCAACACCGAGCAUCGACACCCAGAGUUUGGAUCUGGAGAAUGCAGUACUCAUGCAGGAGUUAAUGGCCAUGAAGGAAGAAAAGGCUGAACUGAAAUCUCAGAACUACCUACUAGAGAAGGAGAAAAAGGCCUUAGAUCUUCGGAUGAGUGACAAGGAGUCCCAGGGUCAGGCCUAUCGUCUCCAGAUUGACCAUUUGAACAAUGAAAUCAAGGAACUACAGCAUCAGCUCAAAGAACGACACAGUUCCAAACAUGCAGUAAGUAACUGUCCCUCCCUCCCUCUCUCUCUCUCUAUAUAUAUAAUAUAAAUAAUAUAUUAAUAU